CAACAAUAGACUCAGGGCGACUAUAACCGGCUGUACAGAAAAAUUGAUCAGAAUUUUCACUCAGGAUUUGGACCUAUAGACACGACAGCUGGAGAUGGUUCCAAAGUUCUUCCUGCUCCCAGCCCUGCUCCUGGGCCUGCUCCUGGCAGCUGGGUCAUGUGACGACAGAGCCUCGUUCUGUGCUGACAGGUGCCACAGCUCUGUGGUUGAGGAGAUGGAGUGUCUUGAAGGGUGUCACUCAGAGGAGUUUGACGAGGAAACUCUGACGUGCGUGGAAGGCUGCUGGAACCUCGCCGCUAGGUGUCGCCACACGUGCUUCACGUCGUACGACGCAUGCGCACUACGAUGCCCUACUGGAGCCGAGUCAUGCUUUGAGUUCUGCUUCCAAAGUCUGUUUUCUCCCGCCAUUUUGAAUAGUGGGGAGUAAAACUGCAUGCAAAGCUUUAUUCUGCCGAAAUACUGGCGGGAAUUUAUUGUUAAUUUAUUUGAUUAAAAGACAUUUUGAUUUAAAACAUAGUUUUCGUGUGUCCUUGUAAACUGAAGUGUGAUUGGUCACUUCAUGUGUUUUACCAAUCACGUGACGCCUUAUAAGGACUGCGAGAUCUCGCGAUACAUAUUGUAUUUCUUAAAUUUAUUCUUGUUAUAGAGAAAAAUAAACAACGCGAAACAAAUCUAUAUAACAUAUUAAAAUAUAUUAUAUAAUAAAAACGAUCCUUGACAAAGUUGUUUGUUCC